GCUCUCCUCUCUCUCGUUCGCUCGCUCGUUCCUUCUCUUUCCUGCAACACCACUACAACCUGCUGAUUUAUCUUUUUCCUUUCUCUCCUCCCGCCAUCAGCCGUUCUCUUCCACUGUCAUAAUUUAAUUUCUCGUCAUAUCACAUGUUCACCCUUCAGUUUUAAUCCUGGUCCAUUUGUCUUUUUCAACCGAAUAUUUCCUUUCGUCUGUUUCUAUCCCCAAUACUGUCAUUUCUGUCUUUGGCAUUAUUUCAUGUCCACCACUUUCUCUCUCUCCGUUGAUGUGAGAAGACAUGAAGGUGAAGGAUUGUACGGACACCCCGUCUCACACUAAGCUAUGGAAUGCUCCCUGCACCCACCAUCACUAGUCUCCAAUCUUUGGACUGAACUCAAAACGCUUAGUUAGCGGCUGUGCUUCUCCCCUCAAACUCUUUAUAACCAGGGGACGAAGAAAAGGGGCGGACUUACCUCAACCGCUAUAAGCGCACAGAGCACUUUUAUUUUUUAAAGAAUCAAUAAGCUAUUUUUGUCUUUUUCUCCACUUGGAUUUUGCCCCCCGUGAAAACAUACCAAGAUGGAUCUAGAGCCGUAUCUGUGGAUGGUGAUCCUUGGCUUCAUCAUUGCCUUUGUUCUAGCCUUUUCUGUGGGCGCCAAUGAUGUGGCCAAUUCUUUUGGCACAGCAGUGGGGUCCGGCGUGGUCACAUUGAAGCAGGCCUGCAUCCUGGCGUCUAUCUUUGAGACCCUUGGCUCAAUGCUGCUGGGGGCCAAAGUGGGCGAGACGAUUCGGAAGGGCAUCAUAGACGUCUCCCUUUACAACGAGACGGUGCCUACACUCAUGGCAGGGGAGGUCAGCGCCAUGGUCGGGUCGGCUGUCUGGCAGCUGAUCGCCUCCUUCCUCAAACUGCCCGUCUCUGGGACUCACUGCAUUGUUGGCGCCACCAUCGGCUUCUCCAUGGUCGCCAUCGGCACCAGGGGCGUCCAGUGGAUGCAGCUUGUCAAGAUUGUGUCAUCAUGGUUCAUCUCCCCUCUGCUCUCUGGACUCAUGUCUGGACUCCUCUUCUUGCUCAUCCGACACUUCAUCCUCAAUAAGGACGACUCCGUCCCUAAUGGCCUGCGAGCCCUGCCUGUCUUCUACGCGUCCACUAUUGGAAUCAACACUUUCUCCAUCUUGUACACUGGAGCCCCAGUGCUUGGGAUAGAGAUGCUCCCGGUGUGGUCGAUCUUUCUAAUUACUUUAGCCGGGUCGCUGAUCUGUGGAGCUGUGGUCUGGUUUUUGGUCUGUCCCUGGAUGAGGAGGAAAAUAGCGGUCUUUCUCACGCCAUCUAAAAAGCCGGGCGCUCUGACCCAGGCCUCACAACGGAGCCUCAACGUCUGUUUGCCCACUCUGUGCUCCAACACCAAACAAGGGAUGCCAGCGGAUGUUUUCUCUCGCUGCCUUCUGCCAGAGACACUGAAGGCACCAAAGAAACUCUGUGAACUCUGA